AUGAAAGUCGUCAUACAGAGAGUUAAAUCGGCUUCCGUCAGCGUCGAUUCGGAAUUGAUCUCGUCCAUUGGCAAAGGAUUACUUGUGUUUGCCGGUGUUGGUAAAGACGAUAAUGAAAAGGAGGCGGAGACUCUUGUCAACAAAGUACUAAAGGCGAAGUUCUGGCCUGAUGAGAACGGAGUACAAUGGAAAAAGAACGUGAAGGAGAUUGAGGGAGAAAUCCUAUGUGUUUCUCAAUUCACCCUCUACGGAAAGAUGAACAAAGGCAAUAAACCAAGCUUUCACGAAGCAGCCAGCCCCGAGACAGCGCGCAAGGUAUAUGACCAUUUCUUUACAAAGAUGAGCGAUGGCUAUGAACCGGAUCGGGUCAAGAAUGGUGUCUUCCAAGCAAUGAUGGAAGUUGAACUAAAAAAUGAUGGGCCGGUGGGUGUAGACUACUGCAGCGAAGACGCGGCGGUUACCAUUGAAAUCAGCACCAAUCUUCCCAAAAAGGAACCCAAGGAGAACAACGCGGACAGAAACCCAAAUGAACAUGAAUUGAAAGGAUCAUAUGAAUUCCAAAUACCGGCGGAGUUACUGCAAUGA